UUCAACAAGGACAAGCAAUGAAGCAACUUAUCGUAAUGUCUCCAAGUUAAAAUAUGUUAAAAAAAUCCACCAACCAAUGCUAGGAAUCACAUGCAUAUCUCCAAAAGGAAAGUUCUAUAGAAAAGACAAUUCUACUAAUUAUGUAUGAAAUGUGCAUGUUAAAAAAUUGUUAUAUUAUUAGUGAGAAACUUUACUACUUACAUAUUCGAACGUAGUCUAAUAUUUUAGUAGAUAUAUAGUGUGUUAGAUUUGUAACCAUGCAACCUAAGAUCCAAAACUUUCCCCUCCUCUAAACUAAUGUAACAAUUUUGAAUUAUUUUCUCCUCUAAAUAAUAAUAAAUUUGAAAAAAAAAAAAAAUCGCCUAUAUAAGCUCGUGUACACCAUCAUGAUAUUCUGUACCAAUAAUUUAAUAUAAUUUAAGGAAGUUAAAAGUCGUGGCAUCGUAUAAUUCAUUUGUGAUCCUAGGAUGAGAAAAUUUUAGUUGUGACAUGAAUACAAAUGGUACACCACGUGUUUUAAUAAGAAUGGUGAAAAAUUUUAUUUUUUAAGUUAUUAACAUUUUAGCACACAUAUCCCACCAUUUGCAUAGUGACACGUGGUGUACCACCCUGUGUACCGGUAAAAAUCUCUCUGCCGGGAUGGUACAUUGGGGAUGUUAGCAAGCCCUCACAUUAUUCACCAACAACAAAAACACGUUUAUGGCCUGCAAAAUAAUUUCUCUGCAUUUCUUAUGAAAUAAAUUAAAGAAGCGUUAAGAGCCAUUUCCAGGGUUAAUGUAUGUACUCUCCUCUAUAAAAGCUCCAAGGGUUUCAAUGAAGCAAUCAAAGAUAUAGAAUUCCAAUUACUGUAACGUUUAGUGUGUGUGUGUGUGUGUGUGCGCGUGUCUCCAAGAGAGAAGUGAAAGAGGGAAGGAGGGAGAUGGAAAAGGAAACACAGAGUAACAGGUUGGUCUUAUUCCCAUGUCCAUUACAAGGUCACAUAAGUCCAAUGCUUCAGCUGGGUUCCUUCCUUCACUCAAAGGGCUUUUCCAUCACUGUUAUUCACACCCAAUUCAACUCCCCUAACCCUUCAAACCACCUGGAUUUCACCUUCUUUCCAAUACAAGAUGGCUUGACUGGUGAAGAGAUCUCAUCUGGGAAUUUAGUAGCCAUUCUGCUGGCUAUAAAUGCUAACUGCAAAGUGAGUUUCCGACAACGCUUGGCUCAAGUUAAGGAACAGGAACCCGAGAACAAAAUCACAUGCGUUAUCCAUGAUGACCUUAUGUACUUCACUAAAGCUGUAGCUAAGGAUCUAAACAUCCCAAACAUCAUGCUACGAACUACCAGCGUUACAAAUUUUCUAGCUCGUACUGCUGUCCUACAACUUCGUUCAAAAGGUCACAUCCCAUUCCCAGACUCUCAGUCACUGAGUCCGGUGCCCGGGUUUCAUCCCCUUAGGUUGAAAGAUCUACCCACCACCAACUUUGACACAUUCGAAAAGUACUCAGAACUAGUCGUUAAUGCAUGCGAUGUUAGGACGGCUUCAGCAAUCGUUUGGAACACCACUGAUUGUCUCGAACAAUCAUCACUAGCACAGAUCCAGCAACAAUGCCCAGUUCCAAUGUUUUCCAUAGGUCCUUCUCACAAGAUUGAAGCAGCAGCUUCUAGUAGCUUACUAGAAGUGGACACCAGCUGCAUUGCGUGGCUCGACAAGCAAUCUAACAACUCGGUUAUCUAUGUAAGCUUGGGAAGUGUGGCAUCCAUCAGUGAGAAAGAGCUCACCGAAAUGGCUUGGGGAUUGGCUAACAGCAAGCAGCCUUUCUUAUGGGUGAUAAGACCUGGCUCAGUAAGUGGUUCAGAUGGGAUUGAGCAAUUGCCUCAAGGUUUCAUAGAAGCUAUUGGAGAACGCGGUUACAUUGUAAAAUGGGCACCCCAGAGGGAAGUUUUGUCCCAUCGUGCGGUCGGAGGGUUUUGGAGCCACUGUGGUUGGAACUCAACGCUAGAGAGUUUGUCCGAAGGGAUUCCAAUGAUAUGCCUGCCGUCUUUUGGCGAUCAGAAGGUGCAUUCAAGGUAUGUUAGCCAAGUAUGGAAAGUAGGGCUACAUUUAGACAACGAGUUAGAGAGAGGAGAGAUUGAGAGAGCUGUCAGGAAACUGAUGGUAGAUGCUGAUGGGGAGGUGAUGAGGGUUAGGGCCAAGGAUUUGAAGGAGAAAAUAGACGUUUCUUUAAGGAAUGGUGGUUCUUCCUACAAAUUCUUGAAUAAGCUUGUAGAACUUAUCAUGUCACUUUAAUUAUGUGUUUUUUACCAUAACCUUAAAUAAAGUUUCCUGCAGAUGGAUGCAAGAAAGAAUUUCUUUGAGUCCACCUCAACUUUGAAUAAAGUGUCCUAUUGUUAUGCGUUAGUUGGUAACACAAAUCCAGAACUUUAAGGAAUAGAGCAUGUUGAUAUGAUUCCGAAUCCGAACCAAUCAAGAAACUUUUUUUUGUCGCCAGAUAUACACAACAUUGUGUCUGUAUAUAUUCCUUGUCACUUUAUUAUAUAGUCAUAGACACAAUUGUAUACAUCCCUACUUGUAAGGUUAUACAUCCCUACUUGUAAGGAUUGCAAAGUUAUACCAGGAGAGAGCUUGUCUAAUCAACAUUGCUUGUUGGUGAUGAAUGUACAUAUCAAAAGAGAGAGAAAAAAGAACAAGACUUGGAAGUGCCCAAGGACUAGAUGGUGGAAUCUAAAAGGAGAAAAACAAGUCAUUUUCAAAGAGAAAGUAAUCACCCAAUGCGUGUGGGAUAGGGAGGGGGAAGCUAGCCAAAGGUGGGAUUUCAUGGCUAGUUGUAUCCGAAAAGUAGCAAAAGAGGUAUUAGGAGAGUCCAAGGGCUUUGCUCCACACCAAAAGGAAUCUUGGUGGUGGAAUGAGGAGGUACAAACAAAGGUGAAGGCUAAGAAGGAAUGUUGUAAAGCCUUAUACAAGGAUAAGAUCGAUGAAAUGGUGAAAGGUA